UUGAGUAUAUCUAUCCCAACUGUACAUUAAAUUGUAAGUUUCUUAUUAUUUUUUUGGAAGGAGUUCUUUCGUCGAUAGCGUAAAAUGCCUGUAAAAGCAGUUUGCGUACUCAACGGAGAUGUCAAGGGCACGGUGUUUUUCGAUCAAAAUAGCGACCAAGCACCUGUAGUAGUUACAGGAGAAGUCAAUGGCUUGAGCAAGGGCAAGCACGGCUUUCACGUGCACGAGUUCGGGGACAACACCAACGGCUGCACGUCAGCGGGUGCGCACUUCAACCCCGGGAAGCAGGAGCACGGUGGUCCCGAGGCGACGAUCCGCCACGUCGGGGAUCUUGGUAACAUCGAGGCUACCAGCGACGGCGGUGUCACAAAAGUAUGCAUCCAAGAUUCUCAAAUUUCGCUGGUGGGCCCCAACAGCAUCAUCGGCCGCACUCUCGUCGUGCACGCCGACCCUGAUGACUUCGGUCAGGGUGGACACGAGCUCAGCAAAACGACAGGCAACGCCGGCGCCCGUAUCGCAUGCGGAGUCAUAGGCCUCGCUAAAAUCUAAACAUAUCCGUCAUAUUCGAUCCAGUUUCUAAGUAAAUACUUCAUGGGAUUACUUGUGUUACUUAGUUACUAAUCAUUCUCAUUUGAAAGAUGUUAAAAUUGUCAAAUUUUGUAUAUUUGUCUUGACAGUUGCAAUAAAUGAAUGUAAUACUAAAAUUAACGUAUCCACAGAUUAAUACAAGUAGUGUCUGUACCAAAUUUGACAUUGGCAAAUUUAUAGAUACCUAGAGCCAUAGUUAAAAAAACAUUGCAACUGUAAUUGGAAAA